UAAUCACUCCGUCAUACAAUAUUCCCCCUCCGUGUUGAUCUUCUUAUUGUUCAUGCUAAACUUAUAAUAAACGUUGAUGCAAUGUAUUCGAAACAGAAAUAAACAUGGGACAAAGUCAAUCUGGUACAAGCGACAAACAUGUUACAACAGAGCAGUUGAGCCAUGAGCUAGUAAGUUUUGCGAUCCAUGGGAACCGCCGUCUUAAAUCUCGAACCACUUCCUUUGAGAACUUAUAAUAAUUUGCAGGCAGGCUCGGAAAUUUGCAAAACGAUGCUUUACAUCCCUCGAAUUGUUUUCGUUUCAAGAUGUCUUUAAGAGUCUUGCAGAUCACCAAGAUGGAGUCGCAUAUUUUAAGGAAGAUACCAUCGCGCGAUUCCUAGAGAUUCCGGAUAUAUUGGGCGCAUCCCCAAUUAUAUAUCAAAUGGUAACCUACCUUGGUGCAUUUCCAUUUGGUCAGGAUGCGCCUGUGGUUUUGGGAUUCGAACAAAUGAUUAUGGUGGUGGUAAUAAUGACAGAGAGAUAUCAGAGGGUGUUGAAGAAGGGCAGUAGGGAUCGGACGAAGCUACUAUUUCGGAGUCUGGCAGUUUAUGAUAGAGGGGAAUCUCGUGCGCGGAUCGAAAAGGAAGAUGAUAAGACGGGAACAACUUCUCCGCUAUCAAAAGGAGAGAGUGUCGUUCAAAAUCAUGUCCCCGGUUUCGCUGUCGAUGCAGCUGCGAAUGAUGAGGAUGAAGAAGAAGAAGAUGACGAUGAUCUUGCUUUAGCUGCACUUGAAUCGCUGGAUGCCAUUGAUGUUUUUCGACAUGGAGAUCCUCCCAUAGCUCAAGCCACGAUUCCAUCCGACAAUCUCAAAAAGUUGAUUAUGCUACUCCUAUUGGUAGCACCAUUAGGAGUUCAAGAAAGUUUAGCUCACCAUACGGAAAGACUUGCCAGCUCACAAUUGGAAAGUCUUCGGAAAACAGCGGAUAACAUUCUUGCAGCUUUUGUAAACGUGGAAAAAUCCCCUGGCGUUAAAAUACAUCAAUUCAACACUGUGAUACCUAUUUCCCUACCCUUUAUUUUUAAUGGCUUCAACCCUCUUUUUGAGCAUUUUCUGUUCUCUAAGAACAUUGACUUUACAAAGCGAAAAGAUUCAUCCGAAGCGCCACCUCUAACACCCUUAAACGCUGAAAUAGACCAGCCUCUUCUUCCGCAAAUAGGUGAGAUUUUGGAUCUAAACGUCCUCUCACAACUCUCCUUUUUCCUUCCCGGAGAAUCUCUCUUCCGUCGUCUUCGACUACUUUAUUCUGGUGGUGAUGCAGGAUUUUCUAUGGGUUCCUUCGAAACGAGAGUGUUCAACUGGCGUGCCCCAACCAUCCUCUUGGUGGCCGGAAACAGAAUUGAAGACAUUCCCACUGGUGGCCAGGAAAGAAAUUUUGCAGACACAUUACCACCCAAAAGAUUUCCCAACAGUGGCAAAUCAUCAAGAGUUGUUUUCGGAGUAUAUCUGUCCCAGCCUUGGAAGCAAACUCACAAAGAGUGUUUUGGAGACACCGAUACACUUCUUUUCCAGCUCGAACCUGUUCAUGAGGUCUUCCACGCCUCGGUAAUUAAUAAGGACUAUGUAGCGUUUUCCAAACCUCCAUCCGCCCAUCCAUGUUUAUCAUUUGGAUGUCCACAUCCCAAAACGAAACAAACGGCUGGACUCUCAGCUCAUGUGAAUCUCGGCGCUGUGUCACUAUAUCUGGAUUCAUCAUUUGAGUUUGGUGUCUUUACACACAACUAUACGUCCGGUGGAGGAGCAUUUCAUAACAGUGAAACUCGACGCAGUGACUUUCAAGAUCGUUUCGAAAUCGAAAGUUUGGAAGUUUGGGGAUGUGGAGGUGAUGCUGAGGCUCAAAAGCAAAAAGAGAUGUGGGCUUGGGAAGAAAGAGAAGCAGAGGCUAGGAGGAAAAUUAAUCUUGGGUCGGGUGAUAUUGAAGCUGAUAGAGCGUUACUGGAAAUGGCUGGACUGAUUGGGGGAAACAGGAGUGGAGGUUCUAUGAAUUGAAGAUAUAAGCUCGGAGUUUUGGAUAGUUGGGCAUUGAUGGAUUUGGGACAAAUACAGCAUGUAUGGCGCGGGAAUCAAGCUUUUGGGAGGUACAAUCUUGCGGGAUUUUGGCAUCUUCAUAAAAAAAACUAAACUUGCAGCCCAGAUACUUUGGAUAUGAAGAAUAGUACACCUUUGCUGCAUGAUUGUCCCAUAGCCAGGCCCAUAGCAAAAUAUUGAUGAAUGAAUGGAGUUUGUACAUGUCCCUUUCUUUCC